AUGGCCAAUUAUAUGUCUUCAUGUUUUUUCUCCAACCCCCCAUGUGUCAAGCCCAAGCCCUUGUUCACAGUUACAUGCUGCAGGUCUGCAUCCCAUGGUUCAGGCUCCAACUUCUACGAACUGCUUUCUUUGACCUCCAAAAAUGCAGGAACCGAAGAUAUCAAAAGGGCUUAUAGAACAUUGGCUCUCAAGUACCAUCCUGAUGUCUGUGAUGAUGAAGAUGCCACCAAAACGUUUGUUUUGUUGCACACAGCAUACACGACACUCAUGGAUCCCGUGUUGCGUGAAGACUACGACUCUACGCUAGUCGGCUGUCGUGAUCAACCUGCUGGUCAUGUUUGCGUCGGUUGUGCGGUUACCGACCAGGUUGGAGAGAGGAGGUGGGAGGUUCAGAUCAUGGAGCUCAAGAAGAGGUCUACAACUUGUUAUGGUAAGGAAGGAUCAUGGGGAAGUAGGAUGAGGUUCAAAGCAUUAAUGGUUUGA